GUUGGUGGGAUGGGUCGGGGCAGCCGCUGCCGCUAACAGGUUGUUCUGGAAAGGAGCAAGUUGCCCAUCCCCACCCCGGGAGGGUCCUCCACAAUGGUGUCUGUUACCAUGGCCACGUCAGAGUGGAUCCAGUUCUUUAAGGAAGCUGGGAUCCCACCAGGACCUGCCGUUAACUACGCCGUGAUGUUUGUGGACAACAGGAUCCAGAAGAACAUGCUGCUGGACCUCAACAAGGAGAUCAUGAAUGAGCUAGGGGUGACUGUCGUGGGUGACAUCAUCGCCAUCCUCAAGCACGCCAAGGUGGUGUACCGCCAGGAUGUGUGCAAGGCGGCGACCGAGUCCAUGUCCUCCAGCCCUGGUGGCCUGCAGUCGGAACUGAGGCGUAGUGCCAACAGCGCGGCCACGCGGAUGAUCGCCAACAGCCUGAGCCGGGACUCACCCCCCUCCACUCCGGUGCGGCGGCCCGAGUCUGCCACUUCUAAGAUCUCCGUCACCGUGUCCAACAAGAUGGCAGUGAAGAACGCCAAGGCCGCAGCUGUGGCCGACUCUGUGGACGAGAGCCCCGACGUCCCAGUGAAGCGGCGCCGGGUGACGGCGGAGAUGGAGGGGAAGUACAUCAUCAACAUGCCCAAGGGGACCACUCCGCGGACACGCAAGAUCCUGGAGCAGCAAGCCGCCAGGGGACACCAGCGGACGUCCGUGUUCGACCGGCUCGGCGCUGAAACCAAGGCGGACACCACCAGUGCCAACAAGCCCACCGGGGUCUUCAGCCGCCUGGGGGACGCCCUGGAACCCGAGGAAGAUCGGGUGGCCGACAGCGACGACGACAGUAGCUCGGUGCUGCAGUACGCCGGAGUCCUCAAGAGGACGUCCAAGCUCCUGCCCAAGGACAGUCCCAAGCCCGGCGUCCCCGUCAAGGCCAAGGCCACCAGCUCCCAAGCCAAGCCGGCCGCCCCCACCCUCCGACGGCUCGACGCCGGGCAGGGGGCACCGGAGAGGAAGGCCAAGCCGGUCGCCAAAGUCAGCGUGGUCCAGAGACUGGGCAAAGCGGCCCCGCCCCCCGAAGCCCAGGACUGCAGAGUGACCAGCACCAAGAGUAAGUCCCCGGCCAGGUUCCGGCUCAUCAUUCAGAGAACCGUGGCGUCCGCGAGCGUCAGCAGCAGCAGCGGUAGCGGCAGCGCCAGCGAGGGUCACAGUGCCCAGAUGGACAACACGGGCCCCGUGAGCGUGUUCAAGAGACUCGGACGCAAGAGCAACUAGCCCCUCGCUGGCUGCCCCGCGGCCUCGCUGGACUCUGUCUGCGCUGCCCUCGGCCCCUCGCGGCCGCCGCACCUCUUCAGCUGCGCAACCUGGGCCUGGCUCGGCCUGUUCCCCUCCCCAUCCUUGACGGUAGCGCCCUGGGUGGGCCAGCCUGGACCGAGCCAGCCGGGCUGAGGGGGCCUUUAGCCCGGCCAGCCUGGACCGAGCCAGCUGGGCUGAGGGGGCCUUUAGCCGUGCUGGGAGGAAGGUGUCAGGGAAAGCAGCCGGGCUGUGGCCAGGCCUCCACGCAGGCGCUACUGAGUGCCUGGAGAUUUUCAUGGGCCCGCCUGGGGUGGGACUUCACUUCCUAGCAGCCUUUAGAGGUCACCGUGUGUGGCCAGCACGCACUCCCUCUCCCCCCAGCACCCCUAAAGAGAGGCCCACUCAGUUUACUUCUGGACCCAUUCAGCCCUGCUCUAUUCUGGGCGAAAAGGGUGGGGUUGAAACUAGCCACGGUAGAACCUGUGGACCACCUCAUUUUAACCUCCUCCUCCUCCUCCCUCUCCUUCUCUUCCUCCCCACCAAAUACUUGGGCCACUGCAGUAGCCUGGGGUACAAGGGCCCUCCACUGCGCUCCCUCUGGCCCGGUACCCGCCCCUGCAAACCGCCGAAGCAGGUGGUAGAGACGGACUUUGGGUUGGGUUUGGGCCGCUUCCCAGAACGAAUCCACCCCCUCCCCCUGGGAUGUCUUCUCCCUGGGUCCCCAGGGAGAGCGGGGCAACCGAGGGGAGAGGUGCCCAGUGGUGCUCUUCACCCUGGCCACGCUGGGUACCCUGGGCGUUUGUCCCAGGGGCUUCUUGGGCCCUGACAUUGGUGCCUAGCCCUUCGGUGGUCUCUCUGUGACAGAGGGUGGGGAAGCUCCUCUGCACACUCCAGGGGUGGCAGUGGUAGGCGGAGGGCACCCGGCAUCCCUGCCCCAUGCAGUCCUUCUCCCCGCUAACCCGCCGAGCCAGCUGUGAAGUGGGAGGGCAGGUGGGCCGGCGGGCGGUGGUUCCCCGUGGGGAGGGGGCGGACCGAACGGCCCCUUCCCUGCCCCCCAACUUUGCUCUCUCCUGCCGACCUGCCUCCUUCACACUCAUUUCUCUUCUGUUUCUUGUGCCGCUGGGAAGGCCCGCCCACCCGCCGCUCCCUGCCCACCACCGUCCGUCCGUUGGAGCGCCCUCGCCGCCGCCGCCCGUGGCGCCCGGCUGCUCGGAA